AUGUCGUCCGUGACCCUUCUCUCUAUGGGCCGCAUUGCUGGCGGCUUUCUUUUUCUUCUCGCCCCUAAACUAGAUGCCUCCACUUUCUUCCUUCCCUAUGAGCCAUCCACAGCCGUCUUUUCAAACUUGGUAGCUUCCAGGGACAUUGUUAUCGGGACAUUGCUCUACACAGCCCAAGAGCCCUCAGGCAUUAAGAAUCUUGGCCGACCCAACCGUGACCUCAAACGGGCUCUUAUGGCUGAAAUCGCGGUCGAUGCGGCUGAGCUUGUAACUAACUUUGUAUGCUUUAUGAACGGAUCACUUUCGGCGGCGGGCUUCAGAGGGCUGGGUGGGGGUACACUUGUCUGUCUAGGCAUUGGUGUCUAUAAUUACCUCAACCUCGCGUGA